UGACAAACUGUCAAGCUGAAUUUGAGUAAAGUGUAUUUUUUAAAUUAUAUUUUCAAAAGCGUGAAAUCAGUUCCAGAUACUUUGCUCGAACACCUCACUCGCCAAUAUCUGGUCGACAUAUUUGCCUGCAGCUUUAAUGUUACCACACUCUUCAUCAACUUGUUUCUAUGGUGACAGCUGAAUGUGGUUGGACCCGUCCUGGGACUUGACCGCUGUCUGUCAGUUUGCGUUAAACCGGAGACAUGCUGCUGCUGGAUGAGCCCUUAUAGGUCCUGGGCGGAGCUCUGCGUGAUCUGUUGCAACAAACGUUGCUAACAUUGCUUGACAAACCGGUGUUUUAAACUGUCUCUCAGGUGCCAGCCAGGUGAAUUAAAGUUUCGGCCAUGUGGGUUACUAAUGUGAAAUUAAAAGACAACCGCGCAAUCUAAAACACAGUUUUUAUGCACCGCGCGGAGCGAAACGUGACCGACUUUAAAAGCUGCUCCCGCAUGAACCCAGCUGCUAAGAAGUGAAGAGUUGGGACAGUGAAAGAGUUUCUCCGAAAUCACUCAUUAUUGUCAAUAUUUACUGAGACAGAUUAGUGAUUAACUGUCCUCGCUUGCAGCAGCUGCACAGAGCCGCAGUACGCAGAGAGCGAGCAGUUCGGGUCACUGUGUCCGCUUCACAAUGCUGUGCGUCCGGGCUUGGAGGAGCGUUAGUCCCCUGAGCAGAGGAGGUCACUCCACGUUAUGGAAACGAACCCAGAGCUGCACAGCAGCUGCCAGGCUGGACCUCAGCGGGAUUUAUCCGCCUAUAGCCACUCCGUUCACCGCCAAGGAGGACGUGGACUACCAGAAACUGAAGGAGAACCUGCAAAAAUAUGCAAAGAUACCGUUUAAAGGUCUGGUGGUUCAGGGCUCAAACGGUGAAUAUCCGUACCUGACGGAGGAGGAGCGGGUGGAGGUGGUGAGGACGGUCAGAUGCUCCCUGCCGGCGGAUAAACUGGUGAUGGCAGGAUCCGGCUGUGAAUCCACCAGAGCCACGGUGCAGCUCACGGAGAAGAUGGCGGCAGCCGGAGCCGACGCCGUCCUCGUCGUAACGCCCUGCUUCUAUAAAGGCAAGAUGGACAGCCGCGCUUUGAUCCAGCACUUCACAAAGGUGGCCGACAGCAGCCCGGUGCCGGUGGUUCUGUACAGCGUGCCGGCCAACACAGGACUGGAGCUGCCGCUGGAUGCUGUGGUGCAUCUGUCUCAGCACCCAAACAUCCUGGGCCUCAAAGACAGCGGAGGAGACAUCACACGAAUCGGCCUGAUUGUUCACAAAACCAAAUCGCAGGAUUUCCAGGUGUUGGCGGGCUCAGCGGGGUUCCUCAUGGCUGCCUAUUGUGUUGGUGCGGUGGGCGGAGUGUGUGCGCUGGCCAAUGUGCUGGGCGGGGAGCUGUGUGAGUUGGAGCGUCUGUGUGUGUCCGGUCGCUGGGAGGAAGCCAGAGUCCUGCAGCAGCGCCUGAUCGAGCCCAACGCCGCCGUGACCAGGGGGUUGGGAGUGCCCGCCCUCAAGCAGGCGAUGGAGUGGUUUGGUUUCCACGGCGGCGCCUGUCGAUCACCUCUUCAGCCGCUCAAAGAGGCCGAGACUCAGCAGCUGAGACGGAACUUCGCAUCCAAUGGUUGGCUGUGAGGCGACCCAGCAGAGAGAGAGUGUGUGUGUGUGUGUGUGUGUGUGUGUGUGUGUGUGUGUGUGUGGGGAAACCUUUUAGCUGUUUAGAUCUGUCAGUGUCAUAUGGUAUGGAGGGGAAACACACAAAGAAAAUAAAGCUUCACGGCUUCCCAUAAAAACAUCAAAAACCUAAUCAACUUCUUCAGUUUAAAUGAAAUAUUCAUAUAAUUGUUGCUAACAGCACACACGAGGCUAAAUGCAGUGUAACAAUGCAACUGAGCACAACAUUUACAAACUAAACAGCUGUAGUUUUGUGCCAAAAUCACUUUAUAUCCACAGUUUUUUUUAAAAAGUUUCACAUUUAUCACAAAAUUUAAACAGAUUCAUACAACUUUGAAAUGAUUUCAGAAGAAAAAUAUGCAAAUUAUUAUCAUUGUUUGACAAAAGAAAAAAAAAACAAAACAAACUGUAACAAACUGUUUGGAUCAUGAAUCAGUGUGUCACAACCCAUCUGCAGGUUAUAAGAGUAGCCGAGGGUAAAAAACAAACAAACAGAACACCGACGCUCACAGAUCAAUAGUCUUAUUUAUUGUAAGCAAAAACAAACGCGUUUCAGCUGGAAGCCAUCAUCAUCAUCAUCAGCGCUGAUGAUGAUGAUGGCUUCCAGCGUUUGUUUUUGCUGACAAUAAAUAAGACUAUUGAUCUGUGAGUGUCGGUGUUCUGUUUGUUGUGAUCCUCACCACAACCUGAAACAUUGUUCAAGAUUUGGAGCUGCUGUGUCUGCUGCUACUUUUCAGUAGCUGAUGGUAGCCAAUGGACUACUAAUAUAUAGAAACAUGUUUUCCAACUGUAGUGUUAAACUGUAGCUGCCUUCUGAUUGACAGUGUUACUUUUUUAAGAAACGUUUUUUCCUUACAUUUACUCUGAAACAACUGUCACAGCAUCUAGCAAGUCAUCUUUGUUGUUUGUAUAAAUUUAACAUAAUUUUUAUGACGUGAUGGAAAAAAACUUUAAAAUAAGUGUUGGGAAUCCUGUGUAUGUGUUUUGACAAUAAAAACUACACUGCACCUGAA